AGAAAAGUCAAACGAUGAUGCCCUGGUGAAAGUUAAAAUCUACGUUAUUUAUUUCGCGAGUUCCUACUGAAUGGCCUGUGCUUUCGAUUGUGAGGUCUCACAAGACGAUGGAAGCACCACGUACGUAAAUAUAUGAUCCGUUCCUAAUUCAUUCCUUCAUAUUCACCUGUGCACGCUAUAUACAGGUUGUGCGCGGUUUAAAUUGGGAUCUGAAUUUUUGGGAUAAAAGCGGGACAAGCAAGCAAGUUACUAUGCCAACUAAUAUUAAGCCAGAGGACGUGGUGGUAGAAGCCACGUCUAUAGAGACCACCAUUGAGGACCAUAAGAUCAAAGGGACAGAAGGGACCAAAGUACAGUUGAUCGACCCGAAAGGUAAUUGCAGUACCGGCGAUGCUGAAUCGGAUACACACGCUUCUAAAAGUGGUGACGAUACGUCCGGUACUCCUGAUGAUGAAUCCGUAAGUAGCGUGAACACGGCCGAUAUAAUGGUAGGGGUGGAUGAGCUUUCAAGCAACAAACCAGUCAGUGAUGGAAGCAACGUAGGCACAGACGCAAGCGAACACAGUGCUAAUGUUACCAAUAGUCGCACAGCAGAAGGAACUAGCGAAGCGAAAGACACCCACACUCCAGACGUGAAUAAUACGGAAUCGAAUAGUGACGAGGGCGGCUAUGUAUUGGCCAAGUACAGUAUAUCCGAUAAGAACCUGCCCGAUGUUGAGGGGUCGGCUAGUAGUGGUAGUGAGAAACGCGAAGGACUAUGCGACGCGCCAGAGGAUCAGUUGGAGACUGUUAACGAUAUAACUGCGAAUAGCGACAUGGCGGGUAUUAGUGGGACUGAGCAACCCGAGAAGACCAUACUGCCAUCCGAUAAGGAUCUUGAAGAGUUCGUGUCUCAUAGUAAUACAAAUACAAUCGAGCAUACGGACGAUAACGAAGGUGGUAAUGCCAAUGCACCUAUCGCUAAUAUGCCUACCGCUGAAGAUACCGACGAGGGUGUCAGUAGUGCUGCUACUAGUAGCUCUACUGCGAAGGUAGUAAGUAGUGGUGCUGAUAGUAAUUCUACUACUACCGACGCUUAUAGUGCGAAGAGUGGUACGACUACUACAUCAGGCCAGGGAGAUAUAUCAGCGACCCCUGCACGAACCAUGAUCAUACGGCCAAUUGUGAAGGCCACGGUGAUCUUGGGUAUUCGUGUGGGAAGGUAG